AUGGUUUUAAAGAACAAUAUAGAAAGAACCUUAAGAGACCUGGAAUCUAGGAUUGAAGAAUUAGAGCAAAGUAACGAAGGGUUAUGUUCACAGUUCAAAUUUUUGGAAGAAAAGAUUAGAGAGCGAGAUGAAGAGGCCAAAGUCAAGCAAAAAACUAUAAAUAAUUUAGAAGAAAUAGAAGGAUCAAAAAUCUAG